AUGUACCAGGGCGCCAACGUUCGGAAGUCUGUGUUUCAUGGUAAACCAUUCUCAGUGAAGAACUGCUCCCUCUCCAAUCAGACUAGCAGUUCCGUCGAGGUAUUCUGCCUAGCUGGAUUCGACGGAGGACUACCGCAGCACUUCAUUCUGGAACUGUACUCUUCCAGCUCCGCAGUUCCCAGAUUCAACAUGACCUCUUUCACAGAACCCUACUUUUUUCUGGACAAUCUGGAACCAGACAUCACUUUCAGGAUCAUAGUGUUCGCUGUGAAUAUAAAGGGAAGAAGCCACGGUGUUGUUCUGGAAGAGGUUACGUUCCAGCUAGCUCAAGCAGUAGAAAUGUCUGAUUCAGCUCAAGAUGGCGAACUUGCCUUGUCUCCUAUACUGGGCGUUCUCAUCGGAGCUACCCUGACCAUGAUCGUGGUCAUUCUGUUGGUGAUCGUCAGAGUGCGGAAGUCUCAGAACCGACCUAGUACAGCAGCUUUGGAACACAAAGGUGCCGUCGUCGGAUUACCUAGUCACAACAACAUCUCCUCCACAAAACCUUUGCUGAGGAGCAUAUCUCCGAGAGAUAUGGAUGAAAGAGAUCCUGACGUGAUUCCAGCAAAAUAUGGAUCACCCGAUGGCGACAGUGACGGACACAUGAGCUCUUUGAACGGCCCUCCAACUCUACCAGUCCGCAACCUCCCACAUUCUGCCGCCACUAUCGCCUCGCCCGAUUACGCCCCAUCGAACGUGGUCCCAGAGCCCAAGUGGAUCAGCCCCGUGAGUGCCGCUUCGGUCACGGCAGAACAGUACCACCAAUAUAACAAUCCAGUGGCCAUGGUCGCUGGGACGUUUCCCAGGGAGUCGAGGCCCAAAGACCUUCGCCUAGGCAACGGCAGCUCCACCCUCCAGAGAGUCAGCGAUCUCGAACUCAACGGCGUUGCCAUCAAGGAGAGGUUGAUGGCUAAUCGGCUGCCAGAAAGCUGCGUCUAA